AUGGCUCAAGUGCAAGAACUUUCGUAUACAUUUCCAAAGCUGUUCGACUAUAAUUAUGCGUCCUGGAAACUCGACAUAAAGUGUGUUUUGAUUGAUAGAAAUUGUUACGAGUUUGUUACAAAUGCUGAAGAAGUCAAAUGUGAUGACGCUGCGUCUGAACGAGAUAAAAGAGACUUUGAAUGGCGUAAACGAAGGGCUUAUACCACCAUUUAUCAAUCCGUAGAAAGGAAAUUUCAAAUUCUCAUCGCACAAACUGAAAGUGGAAAGGAAGCCUGGGAAAUUCUGAAGUUAAAUUUCGAACCGACAUCCCGAGCACGUUUAGCUGGAUUAUUGGAUGAAUUCUUUGAACUGAAAUUUAACCCGAGAGAAGAAACUGUUGGUUUAUUUUGCAAGAAAGUGGAAGAAAAAACGCUACAAAUAAGAGAUGCUGGUUUUGACAUGCCAGAGUUGUUACUGUGUUUCCAACUUAUACGCCGUUUACCCGAAGAAUAUGAUAACUUAGUUCAAAUACUGUACAGAUUAGAAGAUAAAGAUUUUACGCUGGAAAAUGUAUCGAAGCAACUUAUCACCGAGUAUGGAAGAAUUUGUUUGAAACGCAAAGAUGAAGGGAAAAUUAUAGCUGAUGCAUACACGACAAAAUAUAAGUCUCCUGACGAGAAACCUCCAAUGCAAAAGAAUUUCGGAAAUAGAAAGCCAUCGUCUUCAAGCAGUGGAAGCGACCUGGAUCCUCGAAAAAAUUGGAAUUCUUCACGACUUAAUCGUAUGGGGCCGAAACUUAGGUGCAAUAACUGCGGGAAACUAAAUCAUUCGGAAGAAAAAUGCUUCAAGAAAUCCAGAGAUCUCGAGAGGAAACAAGCUUUAUAUUGCGAGUCUACAAAACAGACUGAAUUAGCUUUCAACACUUCAUCCAUUGAUAAAAAGAUAGUAGAAUUUCUGAUAGACUCUGCAUCGACUUCACAUUUUGUAAAUGACAAAGAACUCUUUAGUACUUACCAAGAUAUUCCUCAUCAAAAAGUACUGAUUGGUGACAAAGACAGUUCCUCCGAAGUCCACGGAAUUGGCGAUAUAGACUUUACUAUCGAAGACACGAAAG